AUGGAUUCCAAGUCCCACCAACCUCCACACUCGGACGACUACGGCCGCUCCAACUUGAAUCACCUGGCAGGGCGGGCUGAAGCAGCUCAGCAUGCGGAGUCCAUCGGUAGCGCCCUACGCAGCCACAAGCAGGCCAUCUUCUGGGCAGUGAUGGUUUCCAUGUGUGUGAUCAUGGAAGGAUACGACACCGCCUUGCUCGGUAACUUUUACGCAUAUCCGGAAUUCGCAAAGAAAUUCGGCGACUAUGAUCCGGCCAGUCAGAGUUACCAAGUUCCUGCCCGCUGGCAAGCCGGCCUAGGCAAUGCAGCUGGAGUUGGCGCUUUCUUUGGAGCAAUGCUCAACGGUGUACUAGUCGAUCGUUUCGGGCAGAAAAAAGUCAUCCUAGGCUCGUUGGUGGCGCUUACUGCAUUUCUUUUUAUAGUCUUUUUUGCCUCUGAUGUUACCACGUUGCUUGUUGGAGAGAUUUUAUGCGGCCUUCCCUGGGGCAUAUUUGCCACUUCAUCUCCUGCCUACGCUUCAGAGGUCUUACCGCUCUCACUAAGAGUCUACCUGACUAGCUGGACCAAUAUGUGUUUUGUCAUUGGGCAGUUGAUCGCCUCUGGGGUUCUUGCAGGCAUGUCAACUGUCACCAAUCAGUGGGCCUACCGAGUGCCAUUUGCAAUACAGUGGAUUUGGCCUGCGUUCCUUUUGCCAUGUCUCCUAUUCGCGCCAGAGUCGCCUUGGUAUCUUGUCCGCAAAGGUCGCAUUGAGGAUGCUCGGAUCUCCCUCAAACGGUUGAAUGAGCUAGACUCAGCUGUCAUUGACUCCGAACUUUCCCUCAUCAUUCAUACCAACAACCAAGAAGAGGAGCUUCUGAAAACAAAAAAUUCGUAUUGGGAUUGCUUCAGAGGCGUUGAUGCUCGUCGGACUGAGAUCGCCUGUAUGGUAUUUCUGGGGCAAGUGACAACUGGGCCUUGGUUCGCCGCACAAGGAACCUACUUUUUUCAACAAGUUGGCCUAACAACCACCCAAACAUAUCAUCUGAAUAUUGGUGGUAAUGCACUAGGCCUCUUCUUUUGCAUUGUUUCCUGGAUGCUUAUUAUCCCAAAUUUCGGCCGACGCACCAUCUAUCUUUCUGGAACAGCGUUGAUGGCUGUCAUCCUCUUGGUGAUUGCCAUCCUGAACGUUCGCACUAACGUCAAGUCGGUUGGGAUGACGCAAGCGGUGCUGACCUUGGUUUGGACGUGUGCUUUUCAAGCCACCGUUGGUCAGAUUGGCUGGGCUCUUCCAGCUGAGGUCAGUUCCACCAGGCUGCGACAGAAAACAAUUGUGCUAGCCCGCAACACCUACUACAUCGGCAGUGUAAUCGCUUCCGUUCUCCAGCCUUACUUUAUGAAUCCGACGGCGUGGAAUCUGAAAGGAUAUACUGGCUUCUUCUGGGGCGGCACCGCUUUACUCACGCUGAUUUGGGCCUUCUUCCGCUUGCCUGAGACCAAGGGUCGGUCAUUUGAAGAAGUCAAUUUACUUUUUGCCAAUCGCGUCCCCACGCGACAGUUCAAAGACUAUCAAAUCGAUGUUUUCGAUAUAGCCGAGGGUGAGAAAGGUCAGGUCAUCCACCUCGACAAUCGGACCAAGGUGUGA